CUUCAUUUCCUGGUAUUUUGUUUAUGAAACUGAAAGUAAAAGUGUGCAUUUCUCCGUUUUCGCUGUAAGGAUGAGCCGCGGCUCGAGCGCUGGCUUUGACCGUCACAUCACCAUCUUCUCUCCUGAAGGGAGGCUCUAUCAAGUAGAAUAUGCCUUCAAAGCCAUCAGCCAGAGUGGUCUCACCACGGUGGCCGUCAGAGGGAAAGACUCGGUUGUCGUCGUGACGCAGAAGAAAGUGGUGGAUAAGCUGAUUGACGCCAGCACUGUGACCAACAUGCACCGCCUGACGGACAAGAUCGGCUGCGUCAUGACAGGCAUGCUAGCGGACUGCCGGUCGCAGGUCCAGAGAGCUCGUCACGAGGCUGCCAACUGGAAGUAUAAGUUUGGAUAUGACAUCCCAGUAGACAUGCUGUGCAAGAGAAUGGCCGACAUCUCGCAGGUCUACACUCAGAAUGCCGAGAUGAGACCCUUAGGCUGUUGCAUGAUACUCCUGGCCAUGGAUGGCGAACGCGGACCGCAACUGUACAAGUGUGACCCAGCUGGUUAUUACUGCGGCUUCAAGGCCACCACUGCAGGGGUUAAACAGAUCGAGGCCAGCAGCUACUUAGAGAAGAAGCUGAAAAAGAAACCAGACCUGACAUACAAAGCCACCGUGGAGCUUGCCAUCUCCUGCUUGUCCACGGUGCUGGCGCUGGACUUCAAGGCUUCAGAGAUAGAAGUCGGCAUUGUCAACGCGGAGAAUCCCAAAUUCAGGAUCCUCAGUGAAUCUGUGAUUGAAAAGCAUUUAGUGGACAUUACAGAGAGAGACUAACUGUGUCACGUCAGCACUGUGUUUAAACAUUGUUCUACACACAAAGAGAUCCAUUAUAGAAAACCUGUACUUCAACAAGCAGGAUGUUAACCCUUUCCUACACUCCUUUUAAACACAUCAAAUGCACGUUAUAGAAACUGCAGACAUUGCCAGUAAUUUUACAUUGUUGUGUGUGCAAAAUCCUCUGCCAACUCAGAAUAAAAAUGAUGUGAAAAUGA